AUGCACCGCAGCGAUUCAGCAGCAGACUAUGACGGUCUAUACAUGAAUACGAGAGAGACAAUGAAGAACUCUCAAGGUGCAUUGGACCUACAGGUACUGGGUGCCUGUUGCGGAAGCGGGCUGAACCAGCUUGACUUCGCGCUGGUUCGGUACCGUCAAGCCUCUCCUGAUGCUGCGCUGCGCCUAAAGCUCAUCCAAAGCGGCUCCGUAGCUACAUCGCCUCCUAUUCGGAACCAUAUCCUCACCUCCCUUCAUGAAGUAGGGCGCAACUACUCGCCAGUGACCCGCCUCAACACGCUACUUGGUUACCUGUUUUCCAAGGGCAUUAUGAGCUUCUGCGAGAAGCACGACAUACCACUAGCGUCCAUAGACCUAGUCGGCACACACAUGUCGGGUUUAAGACGACCUGGCAUGCCCGAAACCAACGAUCUGAACACACAUCCACUGGGAUGGAACGCCAUUGUCAGCGCUGAAACUGGCCUCAAUACCGUCUUCGAUCUCGCAGUCAACGAAGCCGGCUUCGUGACGCCUCACGUGUCCCCUGUCCUCUACGUUGACAGCCUCUUCUUAAGACACCCCUCCAAAUUUCGCGCAUGUCUGAAUAUCGGCGAGCUUGCGAACUACAGCUUUAUCCCUCCCAUGUCGGUAGAGAGUGCUCGAGGAACAUGUUGUCGCGACUGCGGGCCCGGAAGUCUACUCAUCGACUAUGCCAUAAAAUAUUGCACCUCAAACGAUCGGAACGAAGACAAUAAUGGGAGAUUUGCGGCACCAGGGAAGCCUCACGAGGGCGUUGUGAUACAAUUCCUCAAGACAUACGACUACUCACGCAUGUUGCCUUCGCUCAGCGUAGCCCGGGAAAUGUUCGGCGAUCACGAAGCACAACGACUCAUCGACGAGUGCGUCUUCUUGAAACUCUCCGAAGCGGAUAUCAUCGCCACUGUUACACGUAUAACAGCUGAGAACAUUCUGAGGCAGUAUCGCAGACUCCUCGCACUCUGCUUUCCUGCCGGUCAGAACGUGGACGAACUCUUCAUCGGUGGCCCGAGUGCGCGCAACGCGAACAUCAUAGAUUUCCUCGAAGCGGAGCUUCCCGAAAGAGUAAUAACGAAGCCGCUCGAUGACAUAGGCAUACCGGGCGAUGCGAACGAGGCCGUGUGUUAUGCGCACCUUGCGCUGGAAGCUGUGCUUGGACAACCUGUACGCUGCUCUGCAGAAUUGUCAUGGCCCUGGAGCCAGCCGGGUCACGAUACUGUACUGGGGAGAGUCGUGCGGGGCGGAAACUGGGAGACCCUCACCGCUCGGCUGCAGAAGUUUGCCGGUGGGAAGCCACGAUGUCUCGCAAGAACCGUGAGGAUCGUUGGUAGCCUCGAAUCUGGCAUAAAGGACCUCGGACUAUGA